AUGACUCCCGUGUCUUGGACAUCCCUGAAGAAGUUGUCCUUGUAUGGUUUUAGUCUCUCUGAUAAAUCCAUGGCUAAGAUUCUAUCUGGUUGUCCUCUUCUAGAAAGCUUAACAUUGCGGGCAUGCGAUAAACUGAGUUUUCUUGAUCUCAGCAAAUUAUUGCGUCUGAAAAGACUAGAAAUAGUGUCCAACAUUUGGUUUACGGAGCAAGCACAGAUUGUGGCACCACAAAUCCAUUAUCUCAGAUUGAUUAACCGUCGGUGUUCAUCUACCAUUGUUGAUGCCUCGUCUUUAACUGAAGCUGAACUCGACAUUUACUUUCUCCUACUGACGCUGACCUUCGAGGAUGAUUUUAUUCAAGACAUGGCGCUAAAGAUGCUAGAGAAGGUGAAGAAUGUAGAGAAGCUUACUCUCGGGGGAAACUUUCUUCAUGUAUUAUUUAUCUCUUGCCGAGAUUCGUGGUGUUCUUUUUCAAUGUUGAAGGUGAAAUAUUUGACUCUUGAUACAGCAAUCUCUCGGUCUGUUAUUCCUGGUAUAGAGAAAGUGUUACAAAACUCUCCUGAUUUAAAGAAGCUAACAGUAAGUGCAAGGAAUUUCAACACCAUUCCGGACACGCAUCUUGACGACUACUUGAAGCGACGAGGCUUGGAUCCGGAUCAAUGCUGGAGAUCAAAAGAUGGGGUCGAUUGGAACAAUUCCUCUUGGGAUGUAAAUUCGGAGCAUAUGGUUUCACUCGUGGAACUCGUGCUUAAAAACACCAAGUCAUUAGACAAGAUAAUCCUUCUUAAGUUCAAAAACCUGUUUCCACCACUCUUUCACACCAACAGUAAUGUCUCCAUUGUGCAUGGAUGA